CUACAACCAAAUUUGCUAAAUACUUUUAUACUCAUCUUCUUCGCUCAGUUUAUUCCAAAAUAGCUUUACACAAAAGCUGAAAAGUCAAUAAAAUUUCCACUGAAUGUUGCAGUGAUGCUUUUUUUAUCUGCCCACAUUCUGAGUUUUUCUCAAAUUCCCACAACGUAUAAAAAUAGAAUAUAGAAGGUUUUGUAGAAUGAAAAAUGUUCCAUUUUGCUGAGCCCAGAAUAGAAUCUUCAGACUGUAUUCCAGUGCCAGAAAAAAGAAACAAAGUAUUUCGUACUUUCUACGCCACCUGUAAGAGUUUCAUUCAUAAAGAGGGCACUUUUACUUGACAAACUCUGCAAAACAUUUGAAGAGACUAUAGACGUACAUCAGAAGUAUUUAUUCCUACAAUUUAAAACUCAGUUUGUCGUAGCUAAUCUAAGUCGAAUAGUUCACAAAAAAUCGAGGUCAGAAAAUGUUUCAUUUUUACUAUGGAAAGAUUUUUUCCCUUUUCAUAUAGAUAAUUCAUCGUCUGCUAACAAAUACAUCUAUUAUACGAGAAAUGAUAAAAAGAAGUCUAAUAAAUAAUAGUAUCCAUGCACAAGAAUAAUUACUAUUAAAAAAAAUGUCUUAUUAUUAAUUAGAUCUCAAAGAUCGUCGAGAACAAAGUGGAUAUUGUUUCCAUGGACUUGUUAUUUUAUCCUAUGUACUCGUUGUUAUUACAUUUCCACUAUCAUUAUGUUUUUGUAUGAAAAUUUUGACAAAAGAUUCUGUGACUGUUGCUGUCGAUGCUGUUGUCUACUUUCGAAUAUUUAAUGCUGUUAUAUCAAUAACGAAUGUUGAAGAUGCGGCAAAAUCUACAAAGUCAUUAGCUGCCACUACACUGAGAAAUGU